UGCCAACGAUCGAAGCUUUAAGAAAAAGGGCCCAUCCACCCCCGUCCGGCUCCAGCGCCGUUGUUUAUUUAUCGUGGGUGGCCUCCGGACCUCUUCGAGGGUUCCCGGCCUGCUUUAUGCUCCAACAGAGGUCACACAUUAGCAUCUAUACACACCAUGGCUACUCAGCUGUCCUGUGACCGCCCGCACUCCCGUGUGAGCAUGGUAUCCAACCAGACAUAUCAUAGCUUCAACGACAUCGAAUCUCAUGAAUCCGAAGUCACCUCGCAACAAACCACCAUCGUCUGCCAUGCUCCUCUCUCAAAAACUCUUAGUGAGGACCGUCCUCCACCGCCCAUCCAGGAAAUGCGUCGCCAAGAUUCCGGCUACGCAUCUAUUCAACGCAAAGAAUCUCGCUCGUCGUGCCACCUAUCAUCUACCCUCUCGGCGCCUUCCACUUCAGCCAAGCGGCGCUCAAGACCAGCCGUCCAACGAUCCUCAACCGACACAAACCCCGGCACUCGCUCGAGCAAGAAAGCUGGCAAGACCGUCUCACAUCGUCGGUCUUACCAGUGUCGUCCAACCCAGUCUCAGCAGCCAGUGACGUACUUUGAGUUCCCUGUCUUCACCACCUCGAACCCCGAAUAUGCCAUCGACGAGGCCGAGGUGAAUGAGGACGAGUCCGCGCAGACACAUGUUCAUCCCCUACCACCGCAGACAACACACUAUUGGACCAGCGACUCUACCAGGAGGAUGGAAUAUGCGGCUAUCGAUGCUGCCAGCCGGGGCGUGCGCGGAUGGUUCAUGCGUCACAUUGUGCCAGAAUGCGUAGUGCCUCCCAGCAAGAGGCAUGUUGGAUUUGAGGACGACCGAGGCAGCGUGGUGCGGUACCGUCUGGACCUUGAGGAGGACGACGCAGAGAAAACUGAUGAUCGUAGUGAUCGGAGACGCAAGAGUUGGUGGCUCAGCAUAUUCAGGCGAUGAACAUUUCUGCCUGUGCCUCAACAACUUCGCCUUCCUACGGUCGAGAUAUCGACAUGGAGCACACACAUACACGAAAGAAGUGGCGCAUUUGCAUUUAUCGGUCAAAGCGGGCGUUAUCAGCAGCACUUUUCAGCAUCGAUUCGGCGACUAUCAUCCACCAACAGGCGUAUUAUACCCUUAAUUUGGCUUCAUGUAACUUUCAAGCAUUUUUAUCGACAUGCUGGCCGACGUCGAUAGUUCGGAUCGACCCCCUCAACUUUGUUUUUUUUGUGCAUCACAUCAUGGAG